AGUAAAUCCAUGGAAAAGCGCGUAUGGUAAAGUAAACAUCGAUCAGCUAAUUGAAUUUAGCCUACCACCAGCUAGUUAGAACGAAUUGAGAUUGAGGGAGGAUAGACACAGCUGCUGGUGCAAAAUACACACACAUAUAUAUAUAUAUAUAUAUAUUUUUUUUUUAAUCAAAACUGAGCUACCAAUUGAAACGGGAUCUAAUUCAUAAAGGAAGACCAACGCCAGAGAUUAUAGAUCUGCUUCACAACGUCAGGUUAGAAAAUAACGCUUUGCUGGUUUUAAAUGUGGCAAAUGUGUCAUCCUGUUUGGCUAAUAAAAUUGUACAUUUGACUCUGAUGUCAGUGCCUCACCAGCCACAAACACAAUAACGCACAUCCCUGCAACCAAACCAGGGUGUUAUUUUUACAAGCUUGAUUACACUUUAUAUUGUUGAAGCACAAUACAUACAAAGACCAUGUUAAGCUUAACCGUCAUCAUGCUCUUGACUAUAUUAACGAACCAUCCGGGCGUGAAUGCAUCCUGCCAAGAACUCAAGUGGGACUCUUAAUAACGCCUCAAUAAACAACAUACAGCACAGGCGUCAAACUGGUGGCCCGGGGGCCAAAUCCAGCCCAUCGCAUCAUUUCAUGUGGCCCGCAAAAGCAAAUCAUGCGUCAUGUUUCUUGCGAAAAAUAUCCAAAUUGCUAAUUGUCUUCUAUUGUAAUAAGUUACAACGUGGAGCUAUUGCAAGCAUUUUUGUUACCAAUCCCGUUUUGAAAUGAAAUGGAAGAGUUAAAAACAUGAUUUUAUAGGCAUCUGAUUUCCAAAGUAGUUAUCCAUCUGUGUGUCGUGUAUAUGUAACUAUAAGAGGCGUUAUGUAAUUCCUUUACAUAGGUUCCCAGUCAUAUACGGCCCUCAGUGGGAAGUCACAACUACAGAAGUGACCCGUGAUAAAAAAAAAUGAGUUUGAGUUUUCAUGAGUUUUCUGGCAUAGUCUUGUCUUGUCUUGUCGGUCUUAUGCUGCCCCCAUGUGGCGAAAGUGAGCACAGCCGAGGGAGCAGCUUUAAAUUGAUUCAAUGUGACAAAAAUGUUUAUUUUUCCUUAUGAUUAUGACUUAAACUUGCCUCCAUAAAUGAAGAUACAUUUGCAGCCCUUUGUGUAUUUCUUAUGUUUGUUUUUGGUUUUUCUUAUCCCCCCCCGCCCCUUCCCUUCUCCCGCAUUGUGCGGUGAGGUUGCCGAGGCCGGUGGCCUCCAGGAAAUGGCGCCGCGGUGCGUGUGUGCUUGCCCGGGGAGAGGACGCGCGACUGGGAGGAGAAACUAGAAAGAACAGCAGGCGUCAAGCGGCUUCGAGCAAGGCGCUUCAACGAGGAAAGGAAGAAUGAGCGACGCCAUUCCGCCCAAAGUGGAACUUUUCGUCAAGGCAGGGAGCGAUGGCCAGAGUAUCGGCAACUGUCCCUUCUCUCAGCGCCUCUUCAUGGUGUUGUGGCUAAAAGGAGUCACGUUUGAUGUCACCACAGUGGACAUGAAGAGGAAGCCGGACAUCUUGAACGACCUGGCUCCGGGUGCCCAGCCGCCUUUCCUGUUGUAUGGCAGCGAGGUGAAAACUGACACCAACAAGAUUGAGGAGUUCCUGGAGGAUAAUCUCUGCCCCCCAAAGUAUCCUCGUUUGGCAGCUCGUAACCCUGAGUCAAACACAGCAGGAAUGGAUGUAUUUUCCAAGUUCUCAGCUUACAUCAAGAACUCCAACCCUCAGACCAAUGAAAAUCUCGAGAAAGGCCUUCUGAAGGCUCUGAAGAAACUCGACGACUACCUCGGCUCCCCACUUCCUGAUGAAAUUGACGAAAAUAGCGCAGAUGAGGUCACUUCCUCGACCCGCCCCUUCCUUGACGGCCAAGACCUUACCCUCGCUGACUGCAACUUGCUGCCAAAGCUCCACAUUGUCAAGGUUGUGUGUUUAAAAUACCGAAAAUUCAGCAUCCCUCAGUCUCUGUCCAACCUGUGGAGGUACCUGAACGCAGCAUACGCCCGGGACGAGUUUGCCUCCACCUGCCCGAUCGAUGACGAGAUCCACAUGGCUUAUUCUUCUGUGGCCAAAGUUCUCAAGUAGGCUUUGGAAAAAAGUUGCUUAGAAUUCAUCAUCAAUUUAACAAGCAGAAGUAUAUACAAACAAGUGUUCAAACAAGCAAAACAACAGCACAUUCAUUAUGUAAUCUGAGUUGCUUACAAUUACUUUGCCAAGUCAAGUCUUAUUUCUGUGUUUAUUGUAUCAGGUAUAAAAAGGAACCACAUACACUAUAUGGACAAACUUAUUGAGACAUACAUUAUCCAUAAUUUAAUCAAUCAGAGGUUGGCUAGACCUUGAAUUCUCUUUUUGUCUGUGCCUCAGUGUACAAAGCAAGGUCUAUAACGGCAGUCUUGCGUGCAGUUGGUGUGAAAGAACUUGACUAGCCCCCAAAGUCCCCAGAAAGUCAAAUUAUCCGAUUUUUGUUCCUGGAGGUGCAGUGGCCAUGUGUCCCAAUACUUUUGUCGUCAUAGUGUAAUUACAAAUGCUAACAUAACAACCAGUAAGCAGUCACCACAUUUGGAAAAACUACUCGCUGGCUUGUUUUCUCAUAACUAAAUACAGUGAACCCCCUUUUAUUGCGUAGGAUAUGUUCCAGACCCACCUGCAAUAGGUGAAAAUACGCAACAUAGAGAGACCAUAUCAUAUUUUUUAUCAAGUUUUACCCCUCCCACAUGCUUUAAAUUUUUUCAAACUUAUUAAAGUACACUCUAAAAGUAGUCCUUUGUGCCUCUUCUCACUUGCUUCAAGCUGUUUGUCACUCCCAGUGGAAGUAUACUGUAAAACUGACAAAUAAGUCAUAUAAUUAGGUCAAACGAAAGCUAGCUUGAUGUUACCAUUAAUAACACCAAUGCAAAACGCCAUAGGCAGGCUAACAAAAAUUUGCAUAGAUGUUACGGUAAUUAUAAACUUUCACACAACUGCUUCACAAACAGAGGAUACAACAAUAAUCACAAGUAGAUAUCUGCACUGUAAAAACAAAAAUGACUAGAGUUUAGUUGUGGGCCUUCUCUUCCUCUUCUAUAUUUUGCUCUUAAUUAUGCUGCAGCUCUUUAAGUAGACAUAAGUGCUGCCCGGCGCGUCGCGGCACAAGGUGGUACUACACUGAAAGCACGCAACUCUAAAUUUGGACUUGCCUGUACACUUUAAAGACCCAUAACAAAUAUUUUCUUAAAAAUCUGGGAUAUAGUUGAGAGCGUGAACGAUGAAUCCCGAUUUACAGUAGUCGGGGUUUACCGUACACACUGUAGAAGUCGUUCGUACUUUUGGGAGAGUAUACAGACAAAAAGCUGCCAAGUCAGGUCAAACCUCGUUCGGCUUCAAUGUAAAUCAUUUCUUUUAAAUCUAUUUGCUAGAAAACAAGCAUACCAGCAUCGGCCUUCAUAUUUGGGGUUCCAAUGUAUUAUUCUGUGAUGCAACAAGGACUGUUACAUUUGAAAUACAAAGUGUAUUUUGGCGUUGUAGCACACAAUAGGGCGGAAGGGAUGCAGACUCAUUUGGAGGGCACAAAGACAGGAAACUAUUUCAAGAGCUUGAAUCUUUUGAAAUGUGAAUGACUGUUUGGUGUAACCUGCUGCUACAAGGAGGUUACCCUUCAUUUUAUUCCAUGUGUCAUGUAUGAAGGACCUUUUUUUUUCUAGCAUAUGAAAAAGUUUUGCAGAAAUUUAGUAAGGAGUUUUGGGGCCAUACUAAGGAUGGCGUGAGCUAAUUUGUAAAAAAAAAAAAAAAAAGAGAGAAUGUUAUGAGAGUUAGUAUUUGUUUCCCUCAGGAAAUACUGUGAAAUAAUUGUUCACACUUCUAGUUAGAUGAUCAAACACACACAAAAAAAGGAAUGUUUGUAGUUCUUAAUCAGGAACCAAAGACAAACGCUGCACAAUCACAUUCAACUGUUCAUACAGUGCUGAUGUGCUACGACAGUGACUAUAUUUGUUAGACUGUACAAAAGUUUAACUUGACAAGCUCCUCAAAAGUCCUAAUCUUAACAGAUAUGCAGUGGACCCCCGCAUACUUGUGCUUCGGCACCCGUGGAUUCACCUAUUCACAGAUAUUUAUUUUCAAUUUGUUUUUUUCAAAAUUGUAAUUUUUAUUUUUUUCCACUUUUUUGUUUUCUUUUUGUUUAGUUUAUUUAUUUACUUUUUUGGGGCGGGGGAAGCCCGAAAAUGCCUAUUAGUGAUUUAUCCCCACAUAUUGAAGAUUUUUGGGGGUUUAAAAAAUGUUUUUUUUAAUCCAAGGCAUUAUAAUGGCCAUCAAUUAUCCACUGACUUUUGCUAUUUGCGGUAGAGCCCGGUACCGCCCUAUCCCCUGCAAAUAGCGAGGGUCCACUGUACAUCUUUACAACUAUAAUGCUACAACUUUAGCUUUGUAAUAUUGACAUAUUACUUUUUAUUCAAAAUAUUCCAAAAUUACUCCUGUACAAUUGCAACAAAAGAGUUUUUCGUCAUAAUAUUACAACCUUUUUCUUGUUAAAUUGCAACUAGUCUCUGAUAUUACUUUAGCCUCGUAAAUGUGAAAGUCUGUAUUUUUCUCACAAGGUGGAAAUGUCCUAUUUUUCUAUUAUGAGGCUAUAUUGAAUGCUUUUUCACACACACUGACACACGCAGUAAGGGAGAGGCAGAGGAAAAGCACCCCAAAGCAACUGCAGGUUCGGCGCUUUGCUCAAGAGCACCUCAGUUGGUACACUGUCAGCCGUCCAGCAUCUCUCCAGCAACCAGCUCAGCCAACACAUUCCUUAGCUUAAUUUUUGAAUACAUUAUUUUGUUAAAUUUUGUGGUCCUGAACCAUAGGCCAGGUCUUACAGAUGACCCACCACCGCCCAAUAUUACAACAUACAAAGCCAGACUGUUACGACUGAAAAUUUAAACUGUUGUUACAUUACAACUUUAUUCUCAUGGGAAAUGUGACGUUUCCUCCUAACUUUAUGACUUUACUGUUGUAAAAUGACAGGUUGUAUCUCAUUCUAUGAUGAAAUUAUUCUCCUUAUUAGGGUAAGCGCUAUCAAAAAUAGCAAUGGGUCUUUUAACCAUGCAACUUUUCUUCUAAGCUUGUUCAUUUUUCAGUGUGGCCCUAAUACUCCUUCGUAUGAAUUGAAUUCAGCAGUUAGCGAUGUCCCAGAAGCAUUUUGUGUCACAUGUUACUCAUACUGGGGAAACCCAACAGGAAGUUGACAGCGUUGCAACUAAAAAUAAUAGUGGGUGAGAUAGGUUGAAAGAUAAGCUUGACGGUGCACUUAAAAUGUCUACUUGUCUAGAAGAAAUGUGCAAAAUGAAUGUGUUAUCCUGUAGGACUGGGUCACCAUUAAAUAGUUUAAAGUAAAGUAAAGUAAAAAGUCUCUUGGACUGUGAUAUAUAAAUAGUGCGUUUGAAGGCUUAUGCUAAUUCUGAACAUAUGGGAGUUUUCACAAAAGGGUGCUGGAGGAUCAGUUUGUUCACAUUUGUGGCAGUGAAGGGACAUAUCGUAGAAGAAGGGACCCACGAGUGCUUUGGUGCACUUUAUACAGUAUCUCAGUUACUGUUUGAUUCCCUCCUGUUUUGAUCGCACUGUUGGUUUUGCCGAAAAGAACUUGACUUAAACAUAUUGGGGUAAAUUUAGUUCAUGUGUUACCAGUUACAAUGACCUGCAAGGUGACUUGAGCGUAAACUGAACGAGACAUAAUGGUGAUAAUGCGCCUUGUUUAGCUGUAGUGGCAGUUGUUGUUGUUGUUGUUGUUGUUUAAUCGACUAUACUGCUCUCUGCUUCAUUAACUGUUGUUGAAGACUAUAUUGAUUUCAAAUGUUAUUUAAUGAAAGUUCUUUGUACGGAGUCCAAUAUAACCAAUCUCUUGUCUGACAGAUGAGGUUAAUUCAAGAAAAAAACUCAAACCACCAUAAGUGCAAUUUAAGAAUAGAAAAAAAAAUGUGUUCCAUGUUUUCAACAUAACAUAUUUGUCUAGUUUGUGAUACAACUUCAAUUGGAGAAGUGAACCCCUCCUUUCUAAACGGAAGAGAUUUAGUUUUACUUGACCAAGUUGACUGAACUGUUUCCUCAGUGAUCAGUCAAAGGGACAGUAUCUUAAAAAUUUUCAGCACCACAUUUUAGUGAUUUCUUUAUGUACUAUAGGGUUACAUACAGUUCCAGGGAGCUAACUAUUCAAAAUGUUACAUUUUGUUUUCACCUCUCUUUUAACUUUUUCUGUCUUAAUGCAGUGCAUGUUAUUUUUUUCAUAACAUAUUUACUUUUCAGCUUGUUGCUUUCUGACUAUUGUAGACUUUUUCAUUUUUAUUGUGAGUGUUUUUGUGUUUUGACUUUUUCAUUUUUGUCCACAGAAAAGUGAACAUUAUUUAAGUAUAUUGAAAUAAUUGGCAGACAUUAAAACUAAUGGGACAACUUUUCAUUUCAUGUUGACUUUUAUACUUCCAAAGCCACAUUUCAUUGGUGCAUUUCUUUAAAAACAGCCAAUAAAGUUGUCUUCAUAAAAGA